CCCCCACCCUUUUCGAAGCACUGAUUUAGGAGAGCGUGAUGGAGGCGCAGGCGGCAACAACGCAAAAGAUGCGAAAGAAGGGGAGCCUGGAAUCAAUGGCAUCUGGUCUUACUGUGGGGAUGGCUAUGGAGAAGAGCACGAACGACGCUGAGCCGAGCAAGAAAAAGAAGAAAAGGAAGGACAAAAACAAGCAGGAUGGAGAGCUCAGCUUCACGACGGACCGCGAUAGCGAUCGCGGUGCCCGGCACAUCGUUUGGGAUAAUGCAGGCAAUGAAGCUGUGCAAGACAACAGCCCUGAGAGUAGUCGCUCGGCCAUUCCAUCCGCGUUCGGGCAAGCACGCGAUGAUGAUGGGGUCGAGGAGAAGAGGCAGAAGCGGCUGGAGAAGAAGCGACGCAAAGAGCAGAAGCGACAAGAGCGAGAGAUGGCGGCCCAGGCCGACUCAGCAUCCGUUUAUGAACCACUCACAGCAGCGCAGGCGAGUGGUGAUGCGGAUUCUCAGCGAUCAGGGGCGACGACGCAAGGAGCCCAAGCUGUAGAGCAGGGGCCGAGCUCUAUUCCUGGUCCGAGCCAGACCUCGCGCGAAUCCCCGAAAAAGAAGAAGAAAAAGCCCAAGAUCAAUCAUGCCGAAGAUGGCAGUCUAUACCGAAGCAACGGCCUGGGUCAGGCUCAUCUUUCGUCUCAGCAGGAUCCCGCUAUCGAGGAUGACGAGCUUGCAGAAGACGAACUAUCACACCCACAGAGCGAGACGGUCCGAUCGUUUAGUCAUGCUCCAGAACGUAGCACCACACGCCAAGCUGAGCCUCUCUCGACCUCGCCAUCAAAGCCGAAGGAGAAGCGGAAGUCUAAAAAGGGUAGCCAAGUCGAAGUGGGCAGCGAUCAUGCCUCUCAAGAAGGUGCUUCAUCAGCUGCGGUGACUGCUGUCAAUGCCGGGGCAAGCCCCCAGAAGUUGUCGGUGUCCAGCCACCAGGGAAUUGACAAGGGCAAGAAACGUGCGGCGGAGCCUGAGGAUGUGGAUGGCAUAGACUCUUGGCAGAAUGCCGAGAAUUCGAGCCGAAAGAGGGGGAGGAAGAAGAGAGCGGCCGAUGAGGGACACGGCGAAGCGGCUCCGGCGCAAAUUGUCCUCGGUCAGACCACAAGCAACACCGAUCCCACUCUGGAAGAGCAUGAGAUCAAUGAGACCGAGGAGGAACCGAUAUCCAGUAAAGGACGAAGCCGGAAAAGUGUAGUCCCAUCCCUCGCAGCCCUGACGCAGAUCGCUCAAAGCAACCCGUCCGGCUCCUCAGUUGGCCGAAAGACGACCAGGCGUGGACCUCGAAAUGAAACGAAUGCCCUGCAUUCGAAAGAAGCGACGAUCGCCGACGCUUACGGACUCCGUCAUGAAGACAUUCUCGUUGAAAAGCUCUACCAGCCCCACCAACUCCGAUGGCUCGCCGAGGGUAUCGGCCUGGAGUACAAGCUUGGCGCUUUCAGCAAGACGGAGGACGAGCACAUCGAGAACGCACUGCUCGAGUUCGGAGAAGAACACGGUCUUAACCGCGAUCAGACCAUUGAUCUCAUGUUUAACGCCGAGGCCACCAAGAGCGAGCUAUUUGGCUCCUUGUUCAGGGCUGCAACUCGCAGCGUGCCAGGCAGGUCCAAUCGGCACGUUCGCAAGCACCUUCAGACGAUCUACCACCCACUUGCCCACGCUGGUCCCUGGACCCAGGAGCAAACCGAAGCUUUACAACAGGCGGUGGCAUCGCACGGCCAAGACUGGGUAGCCGUGGCCAAAGUUGUCGGCCGCCGGAGAGAUGACUGCCGAGUUCGAUGGAGGGAUCAGCUAACUCUAAAGACGACGAGGCCCGAUAGUGCCGUUGUAAAGAACAAAGGCACCUGGACGGAAGCCGAGAUGGAGAAGCUGCGCAACGUGAUUGAAGAAGUCUGCCGAGAGCUGUCAAUCGACAUUGAGAAGCGCGAGUCGAUUCCAUGGACCACUGUCAGUGCGCGGCUAGGCGGCGAACGUAACGCCAACCAAAUCUACCAGAAGUGGUGCGUGAUGCUGGAUAAAGGCCUGUGGAACGAGUCGGACGAUUUCAUGCUCUUGCAGCGGAUGAGCGAGCAGACGGAAGCCGUCGAAAAUGACGACAUCACCAUGAUCGUACUCCGCGAUCUCCAGACAGACCAGUGGCGCUUCAGUCCAAAGACGAUGCGACGCAACUGGCAGAAGCUCGUCAAGAAGUUUCUCGACGUGGACAAUUACAAGACCAACUUUGCUGCAAACUUGGCCAAGCUUAACGGGCUCAGGCACCUUUCAGCAGAGGAGAGGAACAAGAGGGCGCUACGCUCCAGUCCGGGACGAGGAGUAGGAAGUGGAAGAGGAAAGUCCAGGAAAGGAACGACGAAGGGUCUCGACAAGAAAGGUGUGGAUACGAUUGAUUCCGACGAGGAGGUGUGAGCAUCACCUUCUUCUUCAUCAUCCUGGUCAUGCGACCUGUACUGUACAAUCUCUUUGACCAUCGCAUUCGUAACGAUUCUGUAGUGGUAUGUAGUCCCUAAUUCAAUAUUCAUCGUCCGUG